AGAGGGGAGGGCGCGUGCGCGGCUCCCUCCCGUUCCCGCCCCAGCGGCCGCCUCGGGCGCGCGCGGGAGCCGCGGCCAUGACGGGCAGCGAUGAGGGCGGGAGCGGCCCCGCGGCGCCCCGCGCCCGGCCGCGGCUCGGAGCCUCGGCGUGAGGGCGUCUGUGCGCGCUCCCUCCUCCGGCGCCUCGCCGCGGGGCCGGGCGGACAUGGCCAGCCCCGACAAGUGGGAGCGCCUGAAGCCGCUGGAGUCGGACACGCCGCGUGUGAGUGAGGCACCAGUGAUCGACCUGAAUGUGCACAAGGACACACAGCUUGUGAAAAAAACUGUGGACAUCAAAAGGCCUCGAUUUGAUGCAUCCUUGGUGCUUUUGACACGAAAAUUUAUGGCCCUUCUCAGAAAAGCUCCAGACGGUGUCCUUGAUUUAAAUGAAGUAGCAACAACACUUGGAGUACGGAAACGAAGAGUGUAUGACAUCACCAAUGUGUUGGAUGGCAUUGACUUGAUUCAGAAAAGAUCUAAGAAUCAUAUCCAGUGGAUAGGUAACAGUCUUGACCAACUUAUUGGGAAAGCACCAGCGCAGCAGAACCUUAAAGAUGAACUUUCUGACUUAUCAGCCAUGGAAGAAGCUCUGGAUGAAUUAAUCAAGAAUUGUGCUCAUCAGAUAUUUGAACUAACAGAUGACAAAGAAAAUGCAAAACUAGCUUAUGUGACAUACCAAGAUAUCCGAAGCAUUCAGGCAUUUCAGGAACAGAUUGUGAUUGCAAUCAAAGCUCCAGAGGAAACAAAAUUGGAAAUACCAGUUCCUAAAGAUGAUCACAUAGAAGUACAUGUGAAGAGCACAAAAGGACCUAUUGACGUGUAUCUGUGUGAGGUGGAAAAAGAGAAUCCGGGUGCUAAAACUUGUGAAGAUAUGGAUACUGUCCAUAGCUAGGGAAACUGAGACAUCAUUUUAUCCUGAUGAAGGAAAAUUGUCCUUUUCCUUCAGUGACUGGUUUCUGUUCAGAUGGCAAACUCUAUUUGAUGUUUUACAUCACUGUUCUGUUUUGGUGGGUGGGGGGGUCUGGGCUGAGAAGAAGCAUUGAUUCCUCCCUACACUAGGUCAACAACUCAGGACAAUGUUUGCCAUAAAACGUGUAAACAAUUCCAACACUAACAACUAAUUCUGAAUGCUGUAUGUUGGGGUGGGUUUUUGUUACAUGAUCACAAAAUCCUAGAAUGGUUAGGGUUGGAAGGGACCUUGAAGAUCACAUAAUUCCAACACCACUGCUUUGGGCAUGGACAGCUUCCCCUACAUCACAGAAUUCUUUAAGUUGGAAAGACCUCCAAGACCAUCAACUCCAACCUUAGACCAAACACCACAAUGUCAAGUAGUCCAUAGCACUGAGUGUCACAUCCGUCAUUCCUUGAACUCUGCCAGGGAUUGUGACUCCACCACCUCCCUGAUCAGGCUGUUCCACUGCUUCACAGCUCUUUCAGUGAAGAAAUUCUUCCUGACAUCCAACCUGAAUCUCCCUGAUGCAGCUUGAGGCCAUUUCUUCUCAUCCUGGUUGCUCAAAGCCCCACCCAACCUGGCCUUGAACACUUCCAGAGAUGAUAAGGCAUCCACAGCUUCUCUUGACAACCUGUUCCAGUGCCUCUCCACCCGCAUAAUAAAGAAUUUCUUCCUAAUAUUUAAUCUAAACCGCCCCUCUAACUCUUAGCCAUUACCUACCUUAUCUAUAGAGUAAGGAAGUACGUUUUUACAGAAUAACCAUCUUAAAAAUGUUAAGGAAGUGUGUCUUCAACAGCAUAACAAUCUAUUUACAUGAAACAUUAGGAUUUUUCCUUUUGAACAAAUCUCUAGUGAUUGUUUUUCCUCAGUCAUUUGUACAGGUUUUCUAGCAGUAUAAUUAAUGGUUUUAGCCACACAACUGUCACAGUGAAAUGGAAGAAGCUGUAAUAUGACAAUUAUACUGUUACUCUUUUAUUAAAUACAUCAGUUGUUUUAAUAGUGCACCUUAAGUGGAACAAAUGGACUUUUGAAGAUUAAACCACUGCUUUUGCUACUUGGUUAUGUGCAGUAUUACCCAUUGGUGGUGCUGGAAAACAAUGUACUGUAUAAGCUCAGUGCACUAACUAGCUGAAAAGAUGCAACUUGGACUUGAAAAAUUUCUGAAUGAUGCUGAACUUACACACAAGUUACAAGCUCACUUGUAAAUGUGACAAGACCUUACUCUGAAUUUGUAUAGUAAUGCCUGAUUUUUUUUCUGAGAGAUUAUUAUUUUUGCUGAGCCUGUAUCUGUCCAUCUUCAGUACAUUUUUAUGUGUAAGAAGCGCUCUUGGCUAUUUGAGGACUCUAAUAAAUUAAAAGUUUCAAGUA